GCCGUCCGCAUUCUCCCCUCACCUCUUCUUCCUCCAUCACAUCUCUCUCAUCCACCAUCUUAUCACCUCAGCCCAACAUCCCCAUCCCAAUCUUAUCAUCCAUCCAUCAUCAUCCUCGAAUGGACUAACCAACAAUGACGAACCCAGAACUGCGUCAUCAAGUAAUCAACAUCUACAAAGAACUCCUCAACAUCGGCCGCGCAUAUCCGCUAGGUUACGACUACUUUCGAACAAGACUACACAAGGCGUUUUCCAGCCAGGCGCAUUUGAGAAAUGAUGAGGAUAUCAAAAAGGGGAUCGCGAGGGCGGAGUUUGUGAAGAAAGAAAUCGAGGCAUUGUACUAUCUAAAACGAUAUCGCACCCUGAAACAGCGCUAUGAAAACAAAUAAGGCCGCCAGGAGCAUCGCACCGAGGGCGGGAUAGGUGGGAUAUAUACACAUGAAAAGACAAAUAUAGAGAAUC